AUGUUGUCGGCCCCCGUCAAACAGGCCAAGCGCAUCUCCUCGCUCUUCUCCCUUGGUUCGCACUCGCAGAAGGACCAGGGCUCCUCCAACAACUCCUCCCCCGUCGGUUCCCCUGGGUUGGUCAAAGGCUCGCCCGACCAGCUUCCUCGCGAUCAACAACAACAGCACCAGCAACACCACCGCCGCAGCAGCUCCCGACACACUCGUGGAGGUACCAGUCCGCAUGUCGACCCGACCGAACCUCGAACAAUUGUGUCCCCGGGUCCUAUCGACCAGUUGGAUCUCGAUAGCCCCUUACAACCACCCCCGUCGCUGCUUGCCUUGAACCAGGACCUGGCGGAUACUAGUGGCACCGGCCCUGAUGGCCGCCCUCAGAGCAGGGGUCGCUCCUCCAGCGCGGGAGGACUGUUCGUCCCGGGCACCGGUCCGGAUUCACGGCCGGGUACUCCCAGCAAGCGCCGCAGUUGGAUGCCCGGCCGUAUGCGCGCCAGUUCCAUGGAUCGACGGGUUCAGCAGAUGCCCAAUGCCUGGAUCGCCGGUCUCGACCAGAAGGUCCCCUACGAGCUGGAUCCCUUGGUUCGGGGGCAACAGAUACCCGAGUUGUGGAGUGAGCAGGGCGAUACCCUGGUCUACCUGUUCCCCCAGAACACCGGCCGUCCGGCCUCGUUCAGAGUCGACUCAAGCAUCUUUGUGGAAUCACAGUCGCUGACAUUCCUUGCUCGCGGCACCGACAUGCAGGCCGCCGCUCUCGAGCAGCAGGCCCGCCGCCUCUCGCUUGGAGGCCCCGCCUCGCCCGCGCUCUCGGCCCAAGACCGACUGGCCGAGCAUGACGCUGGCAGCUCUGGCAGCCGCGCAAUGGGUAUGGACGAGGAAGAUGACGGCGAAACGCAGCAGCUGCACCUCUACCUGCCUGUGCCACUCAAUAGCGACGUCUCCAACGACCAGUCCACCCUGUCCCAGGAGGACACGGAGACCCUCGUUCUGUUUCGGAACCUGUUCGCCUUCCUUCUGGGCCAGUCGCUGAUCGCCACCCCCCGUUCGCCCAGCCUGUUCGCCAUCUUCAUGGAUAUCUCCACCCUGCUGGCCCGCUUCGAGUUCUCCAACCUGGACGGCUCCAACUUUGGCGAGACCGCCACCACCAGCUUCGCCAACUACUGCGAGGAGCUGCACCUGGCUGACGUCCGCAAAAGCCGCGAGAAGACCAUCGAGGCCAUCGUCCUGGGCGAGCGCCUGCGCUACUACCCGCUCUAUCUCGAAGGCUUUGUGCACGGUGUGGGCAAGCUUGACGAGCUCAAGCAGCUGCGUAGCCCCAAGUUCGGCCUCAUCCAUCCCGUCACCCAGAAGCGCAUGGAGCGCGGCUUCAUCGACCUCGACACCCGCCUCAGAAUCCUCAACAGCAAGCUCGACGACUUUGACUUCCCCUCGCUCUGGUCCGGUAUCGCCAACUCCACCACCUCCGCCGAGAGCAAGGUCGUUCGCUUCAAGGCCUGGAAGGCCGCCUUCCUCGAGUUCCGUCGCUUCACCAUGCAGUUCUACCGCCAGAAGUACGGCUCCUGGCCGCCCAAGGCCCACUCCAAGAAGAAUGCCUUUGAGGAGAGCGGCCUGAACCGCCUGCUGCUGCGUGACCUCUAUCAUGACUUUGCCGAUCUGUACGACCUCCUGGUCAACCGCACCUCCCUGACCACCCGCACGGUCGACCUGGCGCCACUCGAUGCCGGCGCGACCGCCGAUCCGCGCGAGCUGACCUUGCGCGCCCUGCGCCAGAUCCUCAGCGAGUACGACCGCAGCACCCCACCCGUGCAGCCGCCCAUCCCCUUUGAUACCCCGCAGCUACCUACGCUUGAUCCCCUGCACCGCAAGCCCGUCGACGCAAAGAAGGAGAAUAAGCUGCGCUCCAAGAAGCUCAAGGACGUCGACAUCAAUGCCGUCCUCAUGGGCUCCUACACCCGCGAAAGCAUCAAGCCCACCCCCUGGAUCGAGAGCUUCAUGCAGUUCGAGCGCCGCGCCGCCCACGGCAAAAAUCUAGACGACAUCAUGGACCUGCGCUGCGGCCAGUGGAUCUUCCUCUAUGCUGUCAUCCAGUCGCUGCCCAUGCUGAUCGUGGACGUCGCGGACAUCAGAUACACCGAGGGCGUCGAGUACCUUCUCUGUGUCGCCCCGCGCGGCGGUGCCCCCUGGAUCCAGAACGACAGCCAGACCGCCCGCAGUUGGUUCGGCGUCGCCGGUGGCGCCGGCGUCGUGAGCUUGCCCUCAGAUGUCGUAAUCAACGGUGUCGAGGGCGUCUACCGCCGCAGUCACUGCUGGCGCGUUGCAGAGCAAUGGGCGGAAGCCGCGGGAGCCCUGCUGGAACCCUCCGCCCCCAAUGUUCCCUGGCCACUCGCCGGGUCUGCCGCCGCCGUUGACGACAAUUACGACAUGGAAUCUUCCAUCUCCUCGCCCUACCCUGCGCAGCAAUCGUCGACAGGUUCCAUGUCUGACCACCUCCAGCAGCAAUAUCACCUGCAGCAGCAGCAGGCCACGCCACUGAUGCCGCCAGGCACCUUUACCCCGCCUCCUACCACUAGCCCACCGCCCAUACCGGCCGCCAUCCCGCGCACCAACUCUCCGGCCCUGCGGCCAGACCAUCGGUACUCCAUCUACCCGGGAUUGGAGGCACUCCCGUUGCCCGCAGGUGUCGCGCCCAUGGAGCCGCCGGCAAGACCAGUCAGCCGGUUCAACCCGAACAUGAGCUUCGAUGAUAUCCUCAAGGAGAUGCCCAAAGACAAGAAAACCGGCAAGCGGUGA